UUUCGGCGCGCAAGUGAGGCACUCGUCAUCUAUCCACAUUAGGGUAUUCCGGACUGCAAUGCUUGGUGCAAAUCAAAGUUAAUAAAAAUAAAAAUGUUUUUUAAAUUGAAUGAAAUUGUGCAAUGGAUUGGACUGACUGUGUUUGAGAUAUGGAUAAACUUGAUAACUAUAACUAUAUUCUCAGUGCUAUUAGCAUUAAAGGUAGAUGGAGUGGUAAAUAGUGCUUGGUGGACCAUAUUUGCACCUUUGUUUGUAAGUGAUGCAAUGAAUGCAUACUUCUGCUGUAUUGUAUGUAUUAGAAUGAAUCUAGAGAACUCCUACAAAGCUUCUAUGUAUAGAGCAUCUUGGAGUGCAAUAUUUCUAGGUUUAACCUUUGUUUUUAAGUUUUUAUUGUGUAGAAAGCUACAGGGAGAUUCAGCCAUAGAAUACAGUGAAGUAUUUGCACCUUUGUUCAUAUUACUUCAGUUAAUAGCAGUAAGAGCAUGCCAAUUACAUCAAUGAGUACUAAAUGAUAUUGUCAUUUUAAAUAAAAACAUUUCAUAAUCUCAAA